AUGAGUGCAGAGAUGGUGGCGAAAUGUUCACGGACUCCGUGCUUCAGUGGAUGCCAAGACCAUCAGGAACUGCCGUUCCAAGCUGAUGAAUACGGGAUCUGUGGUAGAUACUCGCAAAAGUGGUCGUCCCUCGACAUCCAGGUCGGAGGAAAAUGUGCAAGUGGUGCAGGAUAUGUUCAUCCGAAGUCCCAAAAAGUCAACACGCCAGGCCGCUCGUCGGAGGAAAAUGUGCAAGUGGUGCAGGAUAUGUUCAUCCGAAGUCCGAAAAAGUCAACACGCCAGGCCGCUCGUGAAAGUGGCCUAACUCGCCACACGAUCCAAACUGUUUUGGAGAAGGAGUUAAAUUUUCGUCCUUGGAAGCCGCAUUCUUGUCAGGCACUCUCGGCGGAAGACUGUGAUCGUCGGAUGGAGUAUGGGGAGAUCAUGCUUGCUUGGUAUGCAGACUGGCCCCAGUUGUUUAACAACAUCGGUUGGAGUGACGAAGCCGUGUUUCAUGUGGGGAGAUUUGUGAACCGCCACAAUUGUCACUAUUGGGCACGAGAGGAUCCUGGGGCCACUGUUUGA